AUGGCGAGCCGUCACGUCUUCACCCAACGACUCAAGCCCGGGGUCAUAUUCUCGGCCCCCGGCAACUUGUUGUCUAUGCCCGAGGGAGGCUGGGGUGACGAUACACCAAUAAAACGACGGAAAAAACCCCAGAGAAAAUCCAAAAACCUUGGCCUCGAUCACUUUUCUCACUGGGUAGCGAAAGUGACGCCUUAUGAUGAACCGUACGAUAAUGUCGACAACUUCAUGCUGGGUAAAGAUAUCCGAGGCAUUGGAAAUGAUUACAGGCCCUACUCAAUAUCACCAUACCCCGAACCUGAAGUAGGAACUGCGUCGGCGACAACGUCUGAGGUGACACUAUGUCUACCGAUGCUCAGCGUUUCAUUGACGGCGACUGUGGAUGGUACAGUUGCUCAUACAGAGCUGGUACAGAAGUUUCACAAUCCUUCUGACAUUAUCAUCGAAUCUGCGAAGCACGUGUUUCCUCUGUACGAUGGAGCUGCCAUCACAUCCUUCGAAUGCACCAUUGGCGACGAACGCCGUGUCAGGGGUGUCGUCAAGCCCAAGGUGCAAGCACGAAAGGAAUUUGAAGAAGCAGUCCGCGAUAAAGUGGCAGCUCCCGCUCUGCUGGAAGAGCAUACACCUGAGAUCUUUGAGACAUCUCUGGGGAACAUUCCCGCAGAUACAACUGUGGAGAUCAAGAUCACGUACGUUCAAGAGCUCAAGGUCGUCAUGAUGGAGUCAGAAGCGACAGAAGGUAUAGCUCUUACGAUUCCGAUGUCUAUCGCUCCACGCUAUAGUAAAACGCCAAUUGAGUGGGAACCUGCAUCGAAGGUACCAGAGGAGAAGCUUGAUAUAUGGAUCAAGGUCGCGGAUAAUGGAAAGGUCAACCAUGAAGGUUGUGAUGAGGAGUCAGGUCACCUCCUUCAAUUCGAGGGUUCUAAACCUGUCGAGUACUCCAGCUUUCUGGAAAAGGAUGCAUCAUCUAAGACCUACUAUGUUUGGCGUCAUGUAUCUGAGCCAGCCAUUCUCAGAAAGGACUUUGUGUUUGUCAUUCAAAUGAAAGAAGGCCACCAUAUCAAGUCCAGAGCCAUCGCCCGUCAUGCUGACGACAAUGGUUUCGCCGCCGUGACGGUAAACAUCCGGCCCAACGAUCUCUUCCGGAACGCCAUCAUUCCACAAUCAUUCACUGGAGAGCUUUUGUUUCUUCUUGAUCAGUCUGAAUCUAUGGAAUGGUCAAACGGUUCACCAGACUAUGGCAGACGUCACACCGGAUCACGCAAGAUUGAUGUGAUGCGGGAGGCAAUGCUGCUAGCUCUUUCAGGCAUACCGUCAACAUGUGUCUUCAAUAUUAUUUCCUGGGGCUCGGCAACAAUGGGUCUUUGGGAGACCUCGCGGCCUCACACACAGGAAAACAUUAGAGAAGCCAAGGGUUACGUGUCUCAGGUAGAGGCUGACAUGGGCGGGACGGAUCUCCUUCGGGCGUUGGAAUCCGUGGUGAAGCGACGAGUGCAGGACAGAGGAUCAACGCAAAUCAUCAUUCUCACAGAUGGCGAACUGGAGCCGGAAGAGUCUAUAGAGUUCAUCUGGAAGAAACGUCAGCUGUUUGGAGAUAGCAUUCGGUUCUUUGCCCUAGGCAUUGGAGACGAAGUAUCUCAUCGUCUCGUUGAGAGUAUCGCGGAGUGUGGUGGUGGCUACAGUGAUGUAGUCCAUACUACGCAGACACCGAGAUGGCAUGAUCGAUUGAAUCGGUUGCUGAAGUCAGCGCUGGAGCCAAACAGCUGGAGCUGUGAUAUUGAUCUCGGCAGUCAGUUCGAGCGGAAGGACCUUACCGAUUUCAAGCUCAGAGAUGAAAAAGCUUUGGAGAGUGGAAAGACACCUUACAUCCAAGCCCCCUUUCCAAUCUCGUCUCUGCAUCCAUUCAGCUUUGCCUCCAUCUCUUUCUUGAUCGAUCUUCGUCACGGUGGGGAGCCCCCCAAGACUGUGACUAUAAGCACAACAACAGCUGGUGCAAAGAAGAAGACUUACGAGCUACCCAUCGAGACUUCAUCAGGCAGCGAUGGCACAAUCCACCAAUUAGUGGCCAAAUCGGUUCUUCUGGAUCUUCAGGAUCAGAUCAAACGCGGGACAGCUGAGACGAAGAUUGCUCAAGAAAAUGGAGAGAAUAUUGGCACCAUGUACUCCAUCACCAGCAAGUGGACAAGCUUCGUGGCUAUCUCGGAAAACCAGCCUACCCAGACUGUUGAAGAGCAAAAGAUGAAUCACUACAAGGCGCUUUUUGAUGAGAUAGACAUUGACGAGCUUCUCAACAACUUCAGUGAAGACGAGUAUUCAUCUUCGGGCUCUUCCAGUAUCAUUAGCUAUGAUGCCCGUCAAAGCGCCCGAAGGAAUAGUAUGGGGUUACCAUCAACAUACAGCUACCCUGCUAUUCCAGGAGAGGCUUUCCGAGUCCUCGAGCCCGCGAGUGGGAUGCCAAUACUAGCUCCUACGGCAGCGCAGAGUAUACCACCACCACUACCACUCGGAGCGAGGCUACAACCGAAUUUCUCAGGCAACAGUGCUCAUGGGUAUCGUAGAAUGCCGAGUUGGCCCAAUUGUUCUCCUCCUUGUGGUUAUGCAAUGCAACGCAUGAGCCACCCUCAGCCCGCUCCCGAUCCGAAGGCAGAACUUUCUAGUGAUCCCGCCCCCCUUAUCUCCGGGCAAAGCCUCGCCUACCCUCAGAGUCCUAGCAAUGAAGCCACGGAGGCAAAUGACCAGCCAGAGAAGGAUCUGCAAGCCUCUGAGGAAUCUGAUUGGUCUUAUUUGACGAGUGAUAGGAAAGUUUCCGGGGGCAGUAGGUAUGGCAGACCACCCCCAAUACCAGCUCCCGUGUCUAGGGCUGCACCAGCACGGCCACCGGCUGGGAUGAGUUUAUCACCUGGAUUCAUGGACGGUGGCCAAGGUGCACGUCCUGCGCUUAGAGAGUGCUCUUUGGAUGAGAAAAAUGAUGAGCCCAAAGCCCCACAUCCAGUGGGAGCCCCUAUCUCCCAGCACGUGAGCAAUCCAGUACAGAUAGAGCCGCAAGGAUCUGAGGAUAUAAUUGCAGCUGGGAGUCUAAGAGUACGCUCGAAGGAGGUGCCUAGGCCGAGACCUUGGGAAGACCAGGACUCUAGUGAGUCCCGAGCCAGGGAAGACAGUGUUAGCGACGAUAUUCGCCUCGCUACAAGAGAGCGCGUUCAAGACGACAGUUCCCCGGCAUUUAGUGGCGCGGACUUCCCUCUUUAUCCUAGUAACUCCCAUUGGCGAGAAGCAGAAAGAUCGGAGCGUACGCGAGCGGAUACUGAAUACGACGGUCUGUCAAACUCACCAUCACACUUGGAAGGAUACGCUCGAAAAGAUUAUGUUUUCCCUAGCGCCCGGCGAUUUGACGACUUUGCUUCCGAGGACGCUUCAGAUGACGGUGAGACUUUUGCUUUUCGGCUACCGAAUGCCAUUGAAAACACUUCACCUUGUCGAUCCCCCAGCGCGGAUGAAAACGGCCACGUCGUUGAGCCUUCCAACUCGAGGCCAUCCUCUCCGUCGCAGGCAACACCAAUGCUCAUCGGACACAUUCCACCUAGCAAGCCUGUCGCUACUGGUGAGAGACUCUGUGAAAAGGUCCAUCAAUUCAAGGAAUCUGCCCAAGCAGGGGUUGCUCAUGAGCCCAUGGUCACACCUAACGCCAAUCGUGGAAUCGCCAUACCGGCAGCUGUUAUAAAGCCGGAAGAACCACAAGUAUCUGAUGACAGUUUCAAGUCAAGACUGCGAGGUCGUUUUGAUAGGUCAUCGAGCACCCGGUCUAGUGAUCCUCUGGAAUUCGUUUUUGGAAAGACAUCGAAAAAGUCAACAAUUAAGGAGCGCACGUCAGUGCCAGCGGGUACGUCAGACAGCAUCGUGCAGCAUACUGUGUCAGACCCACCAUCAUCUACGCCACAAGACUCUGCAAUUCCCGAGCUUUCGGAUCCUGCACCACCUGGGACACACAGCGAUAUGUGUUCUGGCACAUUGUCUGAGGUGUCUGAGGUUGAGGAGUACUCAUCGGCUGGUUGGGCCUCACGGGCAGAGCGAGAGGUUAUACCUGGUGGUCCUAAAUACCCUACCUACAGAGCCCUUCCCAUUCCCAGGCCUGUGAAUUAUCAACAUCCUGGCUCGAGAGCUCCAGGCAGCGACGGGAAGGAUAAUGGGGCAAUGAGCGCCACGUACAUUCCGGCGGGCAGUGUGAAUGGUCUUGAGCCUCCUCAGAUGAAUGUUUACUCAGGGCCACCUCUUUUGGAAAGAUAUCAAGGCAACCCUUUAUAUUCUUUCGACUGGGAUGAUGGUGCAGAACACAAUUCGAUUAGUCGGGACAGUUCAGAGUCGCUCUCAUCUCAAUCAAACGGCUAUGGCCCACUGGACUGGCAGUUCGCGAUGGAGUGUCAAGAUGGUCAGGGUCUCUUCGAUCUUGGUGAGAAAGGGCCAUCUCUAUACCUGCAUUUUUGUUCGGAAACCGCCGUGAAGAUCGGUCCCAAGAUUUCCGCGCUUCUGCAUAACUCCACGACCCCAGAACAAGAGGGGGAUGCUGUAUCUGCCCGACUUCUUGAUACGUUGAUGAUGAUCGAGUGUUACAAGACGCACCGGGCGCAGGAGGAGGAUACCUGGGAUCUGAUGAUGGAGCGGGCGUGGGACGCGGUGAUAUCGGUUCUUGGACUCUCAGAUGAGGAAGAAACACUGGAGGAACUGGCGGGUCGAUUGAGGGGAGCUAUGAUGCAUGCGCAUUAUGUUGCAGCAACGGGAGUCAAGGACUCGGAGAAGGAUGAGGAUACAACGGGCACUACGAGAUGUCCAGCCUGUGAUGCGAUUUGGCGAACAACAAGACAAUUCUUUUGUCCGUUUGAUCACGAAUCUGACGGCGUUGAUGAGUUUUCGAGAUGGGAUGAUUUUUGGAGACAUCAGGUGGACGAGGGACAUGUCGUUUGUGCUCAGGAGGUCAUUUACGAGUAA